GCAGCUUCAUUCCGUUUACCACUGACGUGUUCAAUUUGACGUUUGUUAAAUUUGAAAGGUUAAUAUAGUUGAAGUCACAGCAGGAACAUGGACUUUUUCAAAUCAAUUCCCACUCAUAUGGACUUUGAGGGUCAGGCCAGAGCCGAAUACCUGUCCAGGGUUAUAAUUCUUCUUUUUGCGGCUGUUGGUUUGGUCUGGGGCUACAUCAUCCAACAGUUUUCACAGACUGUCUACAUUCUGGGAGCUGGUUUUGCAUUGGCUGCCUUGUUAACCAUUCCUCCAUGGCCCAUGUACAGGAGAAAACCAUUAAACUGGCAGAAGGUGAAGAGCACUGGUGAAUCUAAUUCCACGGAGAGCAAUAAGAAGGCUAAAAGGAAGUGAAUUUCUUUUCCACACAAUUUUAUUUGUACUUUGCAUUUAAUAAACUUGUAUUAAUUUUAAA